CUUCUCCAAAGCGCGAGCGCCGCGGCCCAGAUGAGUGCCGAAUCGUGCGCAGCCGCCUCAGUUGCUGCUCAGGAGGCCGCAGGGACAGGGCCUCUGAUUCAGCAUCGCCUGGAAGCAGCUGUUUUUUUCCAUGGCGCUGUUUGUGCUCCAUGCCGUGAUGCUCGCAGGCGUCGCGGCCAGUCUGCCGUCCGGCGUUGACGAGAACACAGACCCUCUGACGCUGACGAGGAGCUUGCAGCAGCCGCUCAGUUCGGAGUGCGCGACUAAUUUGGCGGAACUGUUACUGCUGCGCCAAGAAUUGAAGUUGGCGGAGGCGGUGGAGGUCGGGCGCGAAAGUCUCUCGGGUUUAAACAACAUCGGCGCCUAUCUCCGCGAAAUACGAGAUGCAUUAACGCAGAAGGAUGCGCCGCAGGAGGAUGGACUGACUGUCCAAACUUCCGCAGCCAAACAGUGCACGGGCGGGUUUCGGCUCGUGGCCGGGAAGUGCAUGCUGCUUCUCCUGAACGAGCGAAAGACUUGGGCUGACUCGCGCCUCCACUGUCAGCAGAUCGGGGCUGACCUCGCCACAUUCCAUGACGCGGGGACUUUCGGGGCCAUCCUGGACUACGUCAAGGAAAUUAGCGGGCCAGAUAAAGGCGUGAAUGUGUGGGUAGGCGGCUCAGACGCAGUGGUCGAAGACGUGUGGACGUGGUUAACGGGCGAGUUCAUGCCGCGAGGCUCGCCAUUUUGGGGAACCAGGAAUAACUACACGCCCGAGCCGAGUGGAGGAACCAAUGAAAACUGCUCAAUUCUCUACAAGACGGACUUCUAUUACCUGCAUGACAUAACCUGUUCCCAUGCUGGCUCCCCGCUUUGCAUGAAACACGACUAAUGGUACCCAUAAGGGGAGGUUGCGUUAUCUCAAGAGAGUAACAGAGAACGGAAUUUAUUUUUCCGUUUUUUUUUUGUAGGCUUCAUUGUAAUAAAAACUAGCUCCGCAAGCUCAACCUUAAGUGUCGAUCUUUUUGUUGCAUUUCUGCUACUGAUACUGACAAUAUAUUAAAGAUUAAAAUAAUAUGUAAAUGGAAACAAUUUCUGUGCCCUGAUUAGCUUGUUUUGACGCCACUCGGGUGUUGUCACUAAGCUCCACCACCCCUUUUUUGACAGGGAAAGCGGCCUUCUAAGUGUGUUGACAUUCUAUGUAAUUUUACUAUAAUGGUAUUUUGCUUCACGUUUUUUCUCUCGUCUAUGGUAAUAAUUCAGGUGAUAUACCUCUCAGUCCCAUUCAUUUACCUCUGUGAUUCCACGGUUUGCAAGCACAAGUUCACCGAACUUACAUAUUUUACAUAGCUUAUGUAGAUUUUGAUGUCACCUACAGUCUCUUCAUGAACUGCUCUCGGUUUAGAUUUGGAUGAACAAUUUGAUUAAUCAACAGUUUUUGGAUGAACUUUUAAGCUUCACAAAAAAAAUAAGAAAUAUAUAUAUAUAUUUGCUACAUUGAGUUAUUUUCUUGAUGCGACGCAUUGAAUUGUUAUUGAAUUACAUUAUAUUACUUCUGUUGUUCAGUAUCUCCAGGAUUUGAAAGACAUUAUACUGAGUUUUA